UCCGCCAUGGACCUGCCCCUGGACCAGAUCAGGCCGUUCUACCGAGCCAUGAAGGCCUUCAAUGCCAUCUUGUACCGCCAGGAGAACCUUGUGCAGCUUAAAAUGAAGCCAGGAGAGAUGUUCGCCCUGGACAACAGACGGGUCCUGCACGGCCGAUCGGCCUUCAGCGCGACUGGUGGCACCAGGCACCUGCAGGGAGGGUUCCUGGACUGGGACGAGGUCUACUCGCGCAUGCGCGUGCUGCAGGCAGAGCUGGGCAUCCUGGAGUAAUCACAACUAGUCGCUAGGGGGCCCA